AUGAAUAACAUUAUGAUAUCGAUAUUGGUCAUACUGGGGGUGACCAGGAGCGCGAAUGUAUUGUGCCCUCUUAGUAAGGUUAGUCAAGAAUACGGGUACAUACAAGUGAGUAAGGAAAACAAAUAUUUCUUCGUGGCUAUGGAAGCUGAGGAAGACCCAAAAACAGCAUCUACCUUUGUGUUUCUCCGAGGAGGUUUGGGUUUCAGCAGCAUCGGAGGGGCAAUGGCGCAGGGACCAUGCUUCAUUUCAACGACUACGGACAAGCCUGAGUUGAACCCAUAUUCAUGGACGCAGAAGGCCAACAGCAUUUGGGUGGACGCCCCGGGACCUACUGGCUUCAGCGAAGGACCAAUUGAGCCAGACCUGAACGCGGUGGUGAAUAAUUUGAUCGAAUUCGUGACGCAGUUCUUCAAGGACCAUCCAAACUUCAACACGAAGGUGUACAUAGUCGGUCUCUCUGCUGCUGGUUCUAUCGCUGCCAUGCUGGGUACUGCCAUCAUUCGUCAAGAUCUCGGGAUUCACCUUGAAGGCGUCAUGCUGGGCUCUUCUGUCAUAGAUCCAGGGGCUACGUAG